CAUGUUUUCUCCAUCUCCGGAUCGUCUCAUCUGACCGCCGAGCAUAUGCAUGUAGAAACACGUUCUUCUCUCAUCAUGUGUGAUCCACCUAUCUCCACAUGUCCAUUUCCACCUCUUCCUCUCUCUCGGCGAUAGCUUCUCGGCGAGUGACGCCCAACAGUCCUAACUCCUGACAUGUGAACCGAAACCCCCCGGCAGUAGGCACCAUACCUACAUAGUAUCUAUCGGUCGCGCGACCUCCGAGCUCCGGGAUCGAUAUACCUAGUACCAGUACAUAAGAACACUCUACCAUCUCCUUCCCUCUCCCUCCCUCUCACAGCACCAAGAACCAUACACGACAUAGACACCACGCUCAAGCACAAUCACAAAAACCACACGAAGCACCUACUCAAGCUACCUCCAAAGUACAACCGCAGCAACCAUGACCCUCGCCGACCCCGCCUUCCCCUCCUCGGGUACAUUCGACCUGAUCUCCGCAGCCCUUUCCAACCCCUCUGCGCGCGCCUCGGCGAUCAAGGCAGCAAACGGAGUAUUCGUGUUCACGCUCAAGAAUUCGUCCGGGGCGACCGCGAGCUGGAACAUCGACCUGAAAGAGAGUGGGGCAGUCGCGCAGGGCGUGCCCGAAAAGAGCGAUGUCACCAUGAGCAUGGCCGACGAGGACUUCCAGAAGCUGGUUGAUGGGAAGGUUCAGGCCCAGCGCAUGUUCAUGACCGGCAAGUUGAAGGUUAAGGGCGAUGUUAUGAAGGCGACUAAGGCCGAGGUCGUGCUCAAGAGUGCGAGGAAGCCCGCGGCGAAGUUGUAGUUUGUUUGUGUGUGCGUUUGUGCGUAAGGGGAAUGCAAAAGAUGGGUUGGUUGGGUUGGGUUGGUUUGCGGGUAAAUACUGCUCCACUGUAUUGUAUUGAAAAUCGAACGGGACG